AUGAGCAGCUCUGGUAUUUAUAAUAGGAUUAUUAAAUUAAUAGAACGGUGGCCUCUUGACAAAAAUAAGCCAGGAAGGGAUCUGGGACAGCACCUUCGAGAUUACAUAACUAAAGCUAAUCAAGACGGAUCAUUAUCCGGUAACGAAAAGUACUGGGACAAGCAGUAUUUGGCAAUUCAACGGUUAGUCAAUAACGAGCACGGUAACAAGUACAUUCGGAGCUUAUCGUCAACAUCAACAGGAUUAACUGCAGAGCAGUGCAGUGAAGCUUUGACAAAGGAAGUUUUGGAUACUCUCGAGAAGGAGAGUCGUUCUCUGUGGGAAAAGAUAUUUUAUUUUCGGUCUAGUAAAUAA